AAAAAAAUGAGUGACUCUGAAGACGAAAAUUAUGUUAUUUUUGGAGUUCCUCUUGAUCCGAUAGACGAAGAUAAUGUACCAAGGAAGAAACCAAUAACAAUUGAAGAUCAGUAUGCAUAUGAUGCACAAGGUAGACGUAGAUUUCAUGGUGCAUUUACGGGUGGUUUCUCUGCUGGAUACUUUAAUACUGUUGGUACUAGAGAUGGCUGGAGACCACAACAAUUCAAAUCUUCUAGAGGUAGUAAAGCAGAAGGUAUUACUCAAUGUCCAGAAGAUUUUAUGGAUGAUGAGGAUACAAGUGAGUUUGGGAUUGCACCAAAGGGUAUCCGUGCUACUGAAGAUUAUGUUGAUCGUGGACAAAGAGGCAUAAAACGUGAAAGAAUCACUCACGAUAGCAGUGGCCCUAUUCCUGGUUCACCAGUAUUGAAAGAACUUUUAAAGCCUGUAAAAGAAACAAUUGGUAUUAUGUUACUAAAGAAAAUGGGCUGGAAACCAGGUCAAGGUGUAGGAUCAAGGCUUACAAAAAAGGAAAAAGCUAAAAUUAAAAGAAGAAGUGAAAGAAUGAAAGAUAUGCAACAAGAAUCUAGUAAGGCAGAUUCUGAAAAUAACUCUGAGGAUUCGGAAGAUGACUAUGGGAAUAUUACUUUUGCACCUGAUGAUUAUGAACCAUUUAGAUGUAAUCCAAAAGACAAUUAUUUUGGUAUAGGAUAUAGUGGUUUAGAUAGAAGGACUAUACUGUCUGGUCAUGUCAAUUUAUUUGAUACUCCAGCAUUUAGUAUUCAGGAUAAAAACAAAAAAUUAUCAAUACACGGACAAGCAUUUGGUGUUGGUGCAUUUGAGGCAGAUGACGAAGAUAUUUAUGAAAAAGAAGACAUGUCACGUUAUGACUUUAUUUUAGGUCCGGAACGGAAAACGAAGACAAGAUGGUCUGACAAUAAUAGUUCAAAAAAUUUAAACAGCAAUUGUUUAGAAGGCUUUAUAUUGGCAAAAAAUAAAUUACAAUUAAAAAAUAUCUUUCCACCGCCAGAAAUACCCAAGAAUUUCAUACCAGUACAUACAGUCAGAAAAAGCCGAUUUUAUCCUCCGAUUGAGAAUAUUCCUCGAACAAUAGAAAAUGGAAAGCGUAAAGAACUUACAGCUGCAGAUAGAGCUAGAAUACUGGAAGAUACAAACAGCACAAAAAAACAAUCUGAAACAUAUCCAAAUUCGGUACCGUCCGGUACAGUAGCUUCCAAUAUUAUUUCUAAAUCGCUAAAUUUACACGGAAAGCAACAAACAAAUGAAUGGCAACAAGAGAAAAAUCAACGAGCUAAAGCAGCUGUAUCUUGGAUGGAAAAACUUAAUGCACAAAGUUUUGUUAAAGGAGGUAUUGUUGGGUCAAGUAAAGAUUUCAAGACAAACUUGAAAAAUUUAGAAGAAUUUAAGGAUUCUUUUCUAACUUCUGGUGAACAAACAGGUACAAAUAGCAAUGAGUUGGAUAAAAAUAAUUCUAUACAGGAAAGUACUGUAAAAGCACUUUUCUCUGAUCCUGAUAAACAAAAACGAUUUGAGCAAUACUUAGUCUUUAUAAAACAGGGCGAAAAUAAGCUUGAAAGUAUACAACCAUUAUCUAUGACAGAAUGGGAUAGAGAACAUGAACGAAUUGAAUUCGAGCAAGCAGUCAAACUAGUUGAGCGUCCAACAAAUGAUUAUGUUGCAAAUAAAUUUACACCUGCUUCUGAUUCUAUGGAUUUGGAUACUUCUGUAAAAUAUAGUCAGGAAAAUGAAUUGAAACAGGCUGUAAAGAUGAAAAUGUUUGGAAAAUUAACACGGGAACGUACGGAAUGGAAGCCAGCAAGUAUAGUUUGUAAAAGAUUUAAUAUUCCUGAGCCAAAGAUUGGUUGUGCUCAACCUGAAAUGCAGAAAAAGGUGAAAAAAUUCUCGAUUUUCGAUUCUCUUGAUUGGAGCAAUUCUACGAAAUUUUUGCGAGCAUCGAAAGAAAUAAAUGAAGGUAGUAGUACACCAUCAAAAGACAAAAGCAAUAUUGACAAUAUGGACUUGGAUGUUGAGACAAAUAUUGAUGUAUCUUUUAACAAUCAUGAAAUUUUCGAACCCAUAUCAGAGAAAAUGAGAAAUUUUGAAGUCUCUUAUGAAAAAAUUUUUGGUAAAGAGGUUCCAGGAACAUCUUCCAAAAUAUUUGAAGAUGAACAAAAUCUGGAAAAUAAAUUUGAUUCAAAUAGAGUAAGAGAGACUAUAGAUCAUCAGGAUAAAGAUCAAGAAAAUACUAAUCCUACAAUAAGAACUACAUCUAAAACUAAAUCAGAAGAGAAGAAGGAUCUUUUUAAAGCAAUUUUUUUAAGUAGUAGCGAGGAAUCUAAUUCAGAGCCAGAAGAAAGUGUAGAUAGCGAGGUUGUAAAGUCUGUUUUAAUUGGAAAAGUCCCAAGUGAAGUAAAUGUAAAUAGAAACACUUCUCCACCAAGAGGAAUUUUUGCAAAGGUGGAUCUUGAUAAUUUAGUUACUAAUUCAAAAAUUAAUGUAGAACUAAAUGAAAAAACAAAUAAAGAAAAAGAUACAAACACCGUAAAUUCUGAAUUAGGAACUGAAUCCAAAGAAGAUGAUAAUUUAAAUUCUCUAGAUACUCAAUUAUUACCUAAUAUGUAUGGACCUGCUCUUCCUUCAAGAUUAUUAAAGAAUGAAAAUACAGCUGGAGAAUCAUCUAAUACUCAAACUUUAAAGCCUAUAUUUAGAAGUGUUGUAGUACCAAAACCCAAAAUAGAUUCCAAAAUUUCUGGUGUGUGGAUAGAACGGGGAAAAGUAAAAAAGUCAAAAAAAGAAAAAAAGAAGCAUAAACAUAAAGAACAUAAAAGUUCAAGACAUAAGCGGAAAUCGAAAAAAGAAAAACGUGAUUCGUGA